AGCUACGGGCUCGAGGCUUCCCGCGGCUCGCGGCGUGCGGCGGUGCCAGCGUCGCCUCGUCUGAAUGGCCAUGGAGACGAGCUCCAAGCCGGCGGCGGGCAGAGACUGGCGGACUGCCCUGGCGCUGGCCGAAGCCAAGUGCGACGUCUUUGCCUUCAGCGCCAGCAUCAGCGCCUGCGGCAAGGCCAGCCAGUGGCCCCGAGCAGUGGCACUCCUCCGCGGGAUGCCCCAAGCGCGGGUGGCGCCCAACGCGGUGAGCUACGGCGCCGCGAUCAACGCCCUGAAGCGAGGGGGCCAUUGGGCUGACGCCUUGGGCUUGUUGGAGGAGAUGCAGUCGAGCCAGGUGCAGCUGAGCCUCAUCUGCUGCAACGCCGCACUCAGCGCGCUGGGCGCCUGCGCUGAGACGCGCUCCGCGCUGAAGCUGCUGGCGGACAUGGGGCAGCUCCAAGUGGAGGCUGACGUGGUUUCCUGCAGCGCAUGCAUCAGCGCCUGUGAGAAGCAGUGGCAGGCUGCGUUGGAGGUCUUAGCUACAUGCCGGCGCAGCAUGCAGCCGGAUGUGAUCUGCAUCAACGCGGCCAUCAGCGCAGCAGCAUCCGCCUUUGCGUGGCCCUCUGCGCUUCAUCUGCUGGGCGAGAUGUCGACUUUCGCGCUCGCCCCGGUGGCGAAUAGCUUCAACGCGGCUGUCAGUGCUUGCGGUCAAGGCAGCCAAUGGCAGCGGGCAUUGCAUCUAUUGGAGGAAAUGCCAUCCCGCGACCUCACGCCAGACGCCUUCACAUUUGCCGCCGCCAUCACCGCGUGUGGAGGCAGCCACUGGGAGCUGGCCCUUGGCCUCCUGCACCGAGCCACGCGCGCCCGAAGAUGCGACGCCGUGGCCUGUGCCGCGGGGCAGUCGGCCUGCAGCGCAGCUGGCAGGUGGCGCUGGUCUUUGCAGAUCCUGGCCCAGCUUCCAGAUCUUGCCCUGCAGCCCAAAUCGGAGAACUUCCUAGCGGCCAUCAGCGCCUGCGAGAAGGCGGGGCGCUGGCAGCAGGCGCUGCACUUCGCGGAAAACGACGCCGCCGCGGGCGGCGGCGGCGUUGCGGCCGAGGCGAAGAACUGCGCCAUGGCGGCCAUGGCACGGCGCAAACGCUGGCGCCAGGCCAUCGCCUUGCUGACCGCCAUGGGCUCCAAGUGCGACGUGGUGAGCUACUCCAGCGCCAUCGCAGCGUGUGCCUCUGCCGAGCGCUGGGCAGAGAUCUUGCAGCUGCUGCAGGCCUUGCCUGCAAGGCGCCUGGAGGCCAACCAGCUGCUCUUGGGAACCGCGCUCCGGGGUGUGGUGGCACGUUGGCAGCCAGCACUUUGCCUCUUCCAGGAGAUGCAGAGCCAGGCAGCAUUGAACCUGCAAGCCUUCUGCGACCUCUUCGCCGCUUUGGCCCGUGCCGGCAGAGGGCGGCCGAUGCUACACGUCGCAGCCGAGAUGGAGGCAUGGCUGCUGCUCCACUUGCAGUGAGACGACAGGGGGUGUCUUGCUCCGAUGUCCUGGGCAUCUGUCAAAAAGGGACCCCCCAGGACCCCC